GGGGGCGGGACGGCUGGUUGCCAUGGGUUCGCUUCCGGCGCUGCCUGGCGGAAGUGGCUGGAAUUCUGCUGCUGGCUGCCGUUUGCUGCCGUUGCCCUCGGGGCAUGGUGACUGAGGCGAGAACAAUUGGCGACGCAGUGUUGUGCCUCCGGCCAGGGAAUCCUACUGGCAUUGUUUAAAUCCAGCAAGAACUUGUGUCUUUUUUGAGAUUGUGUCUAAAAAAAAUCUACAGUACUGAGAGAUGUGGAACCAGGCUUAAGGACAACUGAGAAGAACAGCUAGACACUGAGGACAAUGCGAGUGCUUUGCUCCAUGGGUUUUCUGUAGCGGAGUUUAUGAUCAAUUGUGAAGACUGAACUUCCCCUUUGUGAAAUGGAAGAUUCCACACAAGCCUUAAAAAAGACUUGAAGGGGAUUAUCCUGGCACCAGAAGACCAUGCUGCCAUUUGUUUUAGUGGUGGCUAAGGCUGCAGGAACAUUUCACCCCUACCUUUAAGCAUAGUGGGGUCUGUGUAAGAAAUUGAAGAAAGAAGACUUUUUCUGGCUUAUCUCACUCUACUGUUUCUUCAAGGUGGAGUCUUUGAAGGGGGAGGGGGGUGCCAAGAGACCCCCCUCCCCCAGGAGAGAAGAACAUUAGGCUGGCCACCCUAUAUCUAUGGCAAUAUGACACCUUCCAGGUGACUUCUUGGAGUCUUGAGUCUUUCACAAAGUGGAUACAACAUCUGCACACAUGUCAUCAUGGGAGUUGUCUUACACGCUAUACUUGCGUUUAAAAAUAUAAGGAGCUUUUUGUGCCUGCUUCUGAGAAAAAGUGGCCAACCAGAUGCUGCUGAGACAUUUGCAAGCAAGACCUGAGUUCAAGGCACUCUCCCUAGCCUUCCCAUUUGUUCUUCCCAGCAACUGAUGUCCAACAGUGGAGCCUUGAAUCCUUCCUACAGUCGAUGCUGAAACAGGCUCAGUCUAAGGAAUCCUUCCUGCUGCUGACUAGCUGUUUGAGAUAAGACAGGCCAGAACAAGCGAGAGACUUUGUUUCUAAGCCUUCAGCCUUCUCCUCCUCGUCCCACCCCUUUUCCACCUGAAGCUGGCACUUCCUGAAAAGGGACAAAUUGUGCCCGAGGACAUGCGUAUUUUGUGCUGUGUCACAGAGCACAGAACCUGCCGUGGGAUUUGGCUCUUUGAGCAUUGCACUUGCAUGCUUUCCAAGUGACCCAGGCUUUUGGUCUCCACAGCUUUGAAGUUUUAAAGCUGCGCAGAUGGAGCGCAUGAAAGGCUUACAAAGCAAAAGGGACUUUCUAUGAGGUCUUCAAGUGGCAAGGUUUCCCUGGCUCCGGAGCUUUUUCUUUCCCUUUCUGUGGCUUGCAUUCCUUAGCUCUGGUGGCCCCAAUUCUGACAGGCUUGGUCAGCAGCCAAGCCUCAAGAGUCUGUUUCCGUUUUUCCAGCUUAGUGCUGCCCCUUCUUGGUGGGAGAGUGCUGUAUUGCUCGAUUCCGCUCAACAAGCAAGCAAAGCCACCGAGCAAAACAUUAUCAAUUUACUCACUGAGUUCUCUCUCUCCCUCUCACUACUUCCUCACACACCCCUCUUUAGAUGGGAAAGGUUAAUCCUCCCUGAUCUGGUAGCUGAUGCUCACAGAGGAGGGAGUUAGGUAUCAUGAGGGAACCAGCUGGACUAGAAUGUCUCCAUCCUGGAGUCUCAAGGGAAGGCAUGUUUUUUUGUACACCUGUGAAACAAGGCUUCCUGGCUGCCUUCUUAACUCUCUGCGAGUUCACAUGUCUUUCUCCUGUUAAGUGUUCAUCUGGUCCAGAAAACUAUCAUGAAAAUUGUUGACUCGUUUUCUGGCAAGUGAAACUGAGAGGCAAAAGGUCCAUGGUGGUAUUGUGACGCCCAUCGGAGGGGAAAGCGAGCACGAGAAGACAGGGUGGGGGCCUGCGCCUGUGAAGGAUGCUGAAGAAAAGCAACCUGGUUCUCUGGGGCGUGGUGCUUUUUGUGGCCUGGAACGCCCUGAUCCUCUUCUUCCUGUGGACUCGGCCUCAGUCCUCCUCUGACCACAGCCGCCUCACCGAAGAGGUCAUCCGACUGGCCCAGGACGCAGAGGUGGAGCUGGAGCGCCAGAAGGACCUCCUGCACCAAAUCUACCGCUACAGCGCUCUCUGGAACAGGAGGAAGGCUACUGAAGCCAAAAAGCUCCACCUCUCGGCUGCGUCCUCCGCCCCGCCUUCGACAGCUGCCCCCUUGCCCCGCCGCAGCCAAAUCUCUCCAGACGCCGUCUUGCCAGUGCUGGUGAUUGCCUGCGACCGCAGCACGGUCCGCCGCUGCCUCGACAAGCUGCUGCAUUACCGCCCCUCUAAGGAGCGCUUCCCCAUCAUCGUGAGCCAGGACUGCGGACACGAGGAGACCGCCAGGGUCAUCGCCUCCUAUGGAGACGCCAUCAUGCACAUCAAGCAGCCCAACCUGAGCGACAUCCCUGUGCCCACCGACCACCGCAAGUUCCAAGGCUACUACAAGAUCGCCCGGCACUAUCGCUGGGCCCUGAGCCAGGUUUUCAGGAACUUCAAGUACCAGGCGGCCAUUGUGGUGGAAGACGACCUGGAAGUCGCCCCAGACUUCUUUGAAUACUUCCAGGCCGCUUUUCCACUCCUGCUAGCCGACCCCACCCUCUGGUGUCUCUCUGCCUGGAACGACAACGGCAAGGAGCAGAUGGUGGACGCCAACCACCCGGAGCUCCUCUACCGUACGGAUUUUUUCCCCGGGCUGGGCUGGCUUCUGCUGUCCGACCUGUGGGACGAGCUGGAGCCCAAGUGGCCCAAGGCCUUCUGGGAUGAUUGGAUGCGACACCCUGAGCAACGGCAGGGCCGUUCGUGCAUCAGGCCCGAAGUGUCGCGCACCAUGACGUUUGGCCGCAAGGGCGUGAGCCACGGUCAGUUCUUUGACCAGUACCUGAAGUUCAUCAAGCUCAACGACCGCUUCGUGCCUUUCACCCAGAUGGACCUCUCUUACCUCAAGAAGGAUGAGUACCAGCGCUCAUUCCUAGCCCAGGUCUACGGGGCCCCUGAGCUACGGGUCGAGGAGCUGCAGGGUAACCAGCGCCGGGAGCUGGGCACUGUCCGAGUGCAGUACACCACUCGCGACUCCUUCAAGGCCUUCGCCAAGGCCUUGGGGGUCAUGGACGACCUCAAGUCCGGAGUGCCCCGUGCCGGCUACCAGGGCAUCGUCAGUUUCCUCUUCAGAGGUCGCCGCGUUUACUUAGCACCUCCUUCGGACUGGACAGGCUACGAUCCUAGCUGGAGUUAGCAGCUGACGACCCUUAAGCAUGUUGGACCCUGUUGUCAAAGGGGUGCUUGGAGUUGGGAGUGGGGGGCGGGGGCAAAACUCUGUAUUUUUCUUUUCCUGUGUGGCAUUCGAGUGCAUUCCAGGGAUGAGGGUGGUUUUGUGCACUUAAAAUUAUGGGGUAGGAGGGGCGGGGUUGCAGGGGUUAUUCCGAUGCCCCAAAGAGGGGGUGAGGUGGAGCGUUCCGAGUGCUCUCUCCGUUCUACCCUCCAGUGCCUAUUCUCUUUUUUUUCUUUUUGGCGUGGUGGUCUGUUCACUCAUUAGAUCCUUGGUGGCUUCUCCAAGUCGGUGUGUUUUUGAGGUCAAAGCCCGUGCUAAACCAAAGCAGCAACCCAUCGAGGUUUUCCCAGCUUCGUUGAGCUCAUGGAGGCCUGCGCAGCUUGUGGCCCAGCAAGCCAGGUGCGGGUCCGCAGGCACACAACAUGGCUUGAUAACUUCCCUGUUCCACAUAUGCAGGCAAGCAAAAAAAU